CUACAAUAGCCCUUUUUGUGGGCCACUAGGGGGCAGUGGAAAAAAGCACAAAAUUGACAUAUCAUCUAUUAAGUGGAUAAUGUUAGCAAACAGUUGCCUGUACAGGCCUACACAUCAGGAUUUCAGGCUUCUUCCCCAUCACCUCCUCUGGCCUGACUGACCCACCAGCCCAUCACCAUGAACUACCUCCGCCGGCGCUUGUCAGACAGCAGCUUUGUGGCCAACCUCCCCAAUGGCUACAUGAUGGAUCUGCAGAGGCCAACGCCUCCAGGUUCAUCCACUUCUUCUCCCGCCUCCCCGGCCACAGAGAGGCGGCAGCCCCCGAGCAACCCGAGUCAGACCCAGAGCUCGGGGUCAGCCUCAGGCCCAACUUCGGGCCCGACCGCAGGCUCGACUCCUGGCUCAGGGAGCUUCCUCAGCUCCUUCUCCAGCGUGGUGAAGAGUGCUCAGAUGGCCCAGAAUGUUGCAGCCGCUGCACAUGCCAAAUCAGCAGCAACAGCUGAAGGAGCGUCAACAGGAAGCAGUCAGCCACCUAAACCUGCGAUACGCAAGCCCAAGAUCCUGCUGGUCAUCGAUGAUCAGCACACAGACUGGGCAAAGUAUUUUCGAGGGAAGAAGCUGAACGGAGAGUAUGAGAUCCGGGUGGAGCAGGCGGAGUUCUCGGAGAUCAACCUGGCCUCCUAUGUCAACUCGGGAUGUAUGGUGGACAUGCAGGUCAACAAAGGUGGCACCAAAGUGGUCAGGUCCUUCAAACCAGACUUUGUCCUGAUUCGCCAGCACGCCUACAGUAUGAUCCCCGGUGAGGACUUCAGGAACCUUGUGAUUGGCCUGCAUUUCGGCGGCGUUCCGAGCAUCAACUCUCUCUUCUCCAUCUACAACUUCUGCAGCAAACCCUGGGUGUUUUCUCAGAUGGUUAAGCUCUACCACUCCCACGGUCCAGAUAAAUUCCCCCUGAAUGAACAAACCUUCUAUCCCAACCACACGCAGAUGGUUACAAGCCCUUCCUACCCCGUGGUGGUCAAGAUGGGGCACGCCUACGCUGGCAUGGGAAAGAUCAAAGUUGAAAACCAACAGGACUUCCAGGACAUCACCAGCGUGGUGGCUCUGGCCGGGACCUAUGCCACCACCGAGCCCUACGUCCAGUCCAAGUAUGAUAUCCGCAUCCAGAAGAUUGGUAACAACUACAAAGCUUACAUGAGAACGUCCAUCUCUGGGAACUGGAAGGCCAACACAGGAUCUGCCAUGUUGGAACAGAUUGCAAUGACUGACAGAUACCGGAUGUGGGUGGACUCCUGUGCUGAGAUGUUUGGUGGCCUAGAUGUCUGUGCAGUGAAGGCUGUCCACGGAAAAGACGGCAACGACUAUAUCAUUGAGGUGAUGGACAGCUCCAUGCCUCUGAUUGGUGAGCACGUGGAGGAAGAUAAACAGCUGAUAACAGAGCUGGUCAUCAACAAGAUGGCCCACGUGCUGCUGGGAGUUUCCACACCUCAGCCCUCCUCUGUCAAGACCACACAGCCCAGACGAGGGGGACACCGCUCUGCUUCCGGCUCUCCAUCCCAGUCAGCCCAGGGUACACCUCAGCGAGCCCGGUCAGCCACCACCUCACCCAGCCAGGCCUUCCAGCCCGGUCCCAUCCCUGCCUCCUCCGGGCCUGGAGCUCAGAAACAGUCACCCCAGCUGAACAAAUCCCAGUCACUGACCAACACCUUCACUGAGACAUUACGAGGAAACCAGACCGACGAUGAGGCCAAAGCUGAGACCAUCCGCAGCCUCCGACAGUCUUUCGCCAGCCUCUUCUCUGACUAAAAGCCUACCCAGAAGCUUCCUCUUCCUGUCAGUUGUCAAACAAAACCCUGACUGGUCUAUCUGUCAUGGAGUGUCCUUCCUCCUCAGAGCCUUAGCUUCCCGUUCCUGCUCUUUCCUUCUCACUGUUUGUGAAGUUUAACACCUGGUGCAUCCCGCUGUCCUAACAUCAACGAUUAAUUCAUCACUAGAAAGGCCAGUAGAAUUUAGGGUUCUUAGAUGAAGGACCCCGAGGUGUUGACCGAAGAUGUCAAAUUUUAAAAGCUGAUACAUUUGCAUGUGUCUUCCCUACAGAAGAUAUUAAGUGGUGUAGGAUGUCAGUGCAGAUCCUACCAAAUCCCAUUCAAAUUUCUUUAACUUUUACUCAGAUUGAUGAUUUUGUAUGUGUCCUCCUUGCUGUUCAUGCCAGUUAAAUACAGGUGAAGAAACAGGUUCAAAUAAACAUCAGUCCAGCCAUAUCUUUGUCAAUCUUUCCUGACAUGCCACUGUAACUGUCUCUUAUACCCACAAUCAUGUUAUUAUAGAACAGGACUGCAGUGUUCAUAAAGGAU